AGAGAGAGAGAGAUCGAGAGAGAGGUGUAGCACAAACAGGUGUAUCCGAAACAGGUAAAGCUGCGCCUUCUUUUUUCUGAAAGGCAAACAUGAUGGCGUGUGCUUGACAAACCAACACGUAACCAAACUGAAAGGAUUUACACUUUUCACGAGGACUGAGUUUAUACAACUACAAAUUUCGGAAGGGAUCUGGUCCUAAAAAAACUAAACAAAACACCAUCAAGGAUGAACCAGCAGGACGAGGCAUGAGUCCGCCUCAGUGCUUAAUGCAUGCCUGUCAUUUAGGAUACUAUUACCUGGACUGAUGAGCUUUAUUCCAGCACUGAAAGCGUCCCAACUUGUGCACAGUUAACAGUAACUGCCGAGGAGAAUGACUCUGCUGUACAGACUGUCUCUGUGUCUCUGUGUCCUCUGGAUCUUUGUUACAGUGAUACAGGGAGACUUUGUGGAGUUCCCUCCAAACGAUCCCAUUCGCUCCUUGGCAGAAGAGGAGACCGUCCUGCCCUGUCGCUACCAGCCAAGUGGGGGCAAUGUGGUGGUGCAGGUCACCUGGUAUAAGGAGAAACCUGAUGCCACCAAGGAGCAGAUCAUCACUGCACACCAUACUAAUGGACAGACAGCGUUUGGGACGUGGUCUCAACGUGUGCGCUUUAAAAGCAACGAACCCACCUCGGACUCGUCUCUGGUCAUCAUGAGCACAGAGAUCUCUGACGAGGGGAAAUACACCUGCCACAUCAGCACCUUCCCCUCAGGCAACUUUGACAGCGAGAUGUCACUCAUUGUGUGGACCAUUCCUAUCUCCUCCCUGGACCCUGUGAUUCUGGUGGAGGGACAGACCUACCGGCAGGCCGCUUCCUGUCGCUCUGUAGCCCGCCCUCCUCCCCGCCUCUCCUGGGACACCGACCUGAACGGCCAGUCCAUCAAUCGCUCGUCCGACAACAUUGCGGUCUCCUCGCACUACUCCCUGCACCCCCUGAGGAACAUGAACGGCAAGAAGCUGGAUUGUCUGGUGUGGCAUCCGACUUUACAGGCCCCCCGCAGGCUCAGAAACAACCUGGUGGUGCACUUCCCUCCACAUGCAGAGGUGUCUGGCUACAAUGGAGACUGGUUUGUGGGUUUGGAGAAUGCUGCCCUGAGGUGCGUGAGUGGAGGAAACCCCAAACCACAGAGCUUCACCUGGAUCAGAAUUGGUGGAGAGUUGCCGGAAGGUGUGAUCCCCCACUCUAAUGGAACACUAGCUUUUGGGCGACCCCUAAGCAUAUCAGAUGGAGGCACCUACCAGUGUGUGGCGAAGAAUGAAGUGGGAGAAGGGAAGGCGGAGAUUGCGAUUGGUGUGGCAGAAUCUCCUGGGGAGGAGAACAAUACUGAAAGCAUGCUGAUGAUCAUCGUGGGGGGCAUCGCCGGCGGGCUGCUGAUCUUAAUGCUCAUCAUCGUCAUCAUUGUCACUUGCCAUCACAAACGCAAGAACAAGAAGCUGGAGAAGGAGCUGACUGAGAGGAAGGAGGAAAUAAGCACUCUCUCCAGGCAAGCUUCUUUCAGGAGAAUGAACUCCAUCAGCACAGAUACCAGAGGAGUGACAGAGGAAAGCAUCCCUCUGAGGGUGGAGGGAACCCUAAGGACCAGCCUGUCUUCCCUCGGGGAGCAGGCUCACUGCCGUGACAGCCGAUCUACUAACUCAGGUGGGCGGGGAGGAGGAGGGGGAGCGUUUGACUACCUGGGCAGACCAGUCCUGCACAACAACUCGCGGAGGGGGAGAGACAGGCUUCUGGAGAGAGACGAGGAAAACCGACUCAGAGUGGAGACAUAUGUGAGAAACAGCACUAUGUCUUUGCAGGAAACUCGUUUCCACCCUCCUCUCAUGCCAUCAGCCUUCCCAAUGGUACAGUCCACUGAGAUUGUAAGACAGCUAAACGGCAGCGCCAUUCUCCCAGCAGACGGGGGUUCGCGGCCAGGAAGUGUGGCCAAGAAUCACCAGCACACUCCUCUGAGCUGCAACUACCCACCAGUAACAGAUGAUGAGGAUGAAGUGGAUGAAGGCUUGGGGGGUCCUGCCAGCCAGGAGCAUCCUGAUGACCAAGACAGCGAGACCAACAGCUCCCAGGUGUCCGAGGCUCACAGUACACGCUAUCAGCAGACUAAUGGCACGCUCAGACCCAAACCCCGGCCAAGCUCCACUGGGGUCAGUCCCCACGCCUCCGUGAUACACAAGGCCCAGAUAGUUUAGCAAGCAGCUGGAAAAUAACAUGUGAAACUACAAGACUGGCCAGCUCUGGUCUUGGAGGGGGUUCAAAUGCGGAUAUACUAGCAAGGUUUGGUCACAACUCAGAGAACCAGUUUGUGGUCAGUUAUGAAAAAUCUGCACCUUGACUACAACGCUGCAUCUUCUUUAUUGUGUGGGAACAUGGUGCAAUAGAACAAAUGAAUGGCAACGGAAAAAUCUACUGGGCACUUCUGGAUUUCUACCUGAUGUUUGGUGAUGUGUGUUGUGUAUUCCCCGGAGUACUGGUACAAACAAAGACAUCGUCACAAUAUUUCCAGUGCAGCUACUACAGCGUUUAAUCGCAGACAAUAUUUCUUGCUCAUCUUUCGCAAUACCAGUAUCUGUUGCUCUAACCAGCUGAAACCAACGGGUGAACGCAGUUGACAUACCUUUUGUGGGGGAUGUCAAAAGCACUCGAGGACAUGUACAGUAGGAAAUCAGGAAAUGCAGGAGAAGUAGGACGAGGCUGUAGGAAAGUUGGUACAUCAGAAAAGUAGAUUGCAACACCUCUGUACUGAGGGUGGAUUUUUGCUUUAGUGGUGCUCAGUGUAUCCAUAACUGUGCCAGUGUUAAGUUCCCUUACAACACGGUCUGGGAUCUGAUCCAAACCAUGGGCUUGUUCUUCUCUUGCCACACCUGCAACAUGCAUACCUCCAUAUUGUCUUAUUGUCCUCUUGCCUUUGCCUUACCCACUGAGACAGAUUGGAUCAAAGACUUCAAACAGCCAAAACCUGACUAGUGUCCAAUAGAUAUAGUGAUUUGGCAAUCUGUAAAUCUGUAAAUAUGCAAAUGCUCAAAUAAAUGAUAUACAGAACAUUUGCACAUCAACAAAUUCAAUAUAUCUAUCUUCUGGUUCCCACAUGCCCCCCUUUCUCACCAGCCUCAUAUCCACAUACCUACAUUCACACACAUACACAUACAGAUAAAUAAUCAAUAUACCCAGCUCCUGCUCCUAUGUUGUGAGGAUGAAAGCUGAAACACUAUUUUACAAAUUAAACAUGCACACACACUAAAUAAAUUGAAUUGUAUAUAGGUUGUGUACCUCCAUGUAUGCAUACAUACACAGUGGAUGAAAGCUGGAAAAGCUGCCAAAUGUCUGUAAAAAUGCAUUCUAAUUUCACCUUUUUUUCUUCUUGAUAUGGCUACUUUUGUGAAUACAUGUGGACUCUUAUACUGGAGACUAUAGAGACAAAAAAGCUGCCACCACCAAGGACAUACUGUAUCUAUUUUUUUUUUUUUACAAACUUUCUUCUGCCUGCUGGAUUUUUUUUUCAACAUCCAAGACAGGAAGAUGGUUUUGCAAGAGGAAUCUGACAUGAACUGGUACAGAUUGUUAAUAUUGUGGCAAAACCAAGCAUGUAUUGUUUAUCUGUGGACUACUGGUUUUAUUUUUUUUGUUUAUGUGUUCUGAGUAUUGUUGGGUUCUGUUACAGCCCUGAUAUGGGAAGCAAUGUGCCAAAUGGAAAAUAUAAAGUAUCACUUUUGCUUUUUUGGCAAAUAUGAAGUAUUAUUUUGUUCCUCACACACAUAUUACACUGUACUGGUAAUGUUGCCUUCUGUAAAUACUUCUUUUUCCAAGAAAAAUGUCAAAAGCCACCUGAAUUAGAAAUGCUGAUUUUAAAGCAUGCUGGGACAGUUUGUGGCAAAGGCAAUGUGCCAUAUUUUAUUUGCUGACACCCAACAGGUAAGAGCAGCAGAUGAAUGGUAUUAUGUUUGAAUGUAGGUUGUAUUUGUUGCAGACAGUGCCCCCUGAUGUGCACUGCUGGAAAGUGCAGGGACCUGAAUGAGCCUACAAACUGCAACGCUACUGAACAAGGAAAGAAAGACUGCAUUCCACUGUGAUUUUGGAAAAUGAUCUUCCUGGUCACCUGCCUGGAUUUUCAUUUAUUUUGAGGGCUAUGUAUGGGUAUCAGCUUGUAUUGAUGGGUUGAAAUAAAUGUGCAUGUUUUUUUUUCUAAAUGUACACCAAAACGUAUAUGCUAACAUGAAGCUUUGGGUAAAAAACUAUAUACUGGAUCAUCUAAAUAUGGGGGGUUUACACUAAUAGUUAUUCUGGUUUGCUAGAAUAGUCAUUUGCUAGUCAUUUGCAAGUGCCUUCAUCAUUUCAAGUGUUAAUUGUACAAAUAUAAGAAGUAAUUUGA